UCCCUCUUUACCUCUCCUCGGCAGCCACCUCGCUCCGGUGUCGGGGGGUUCGGGGGGCUGAAGGCAGAGCGAGGCGCCGGGGAUCUAGGACCGCACAGACGUGCUGCCUCCCGGCUCCGCGCCAGCACCCACCGGCCGCACCCCCGCCAGGAGCCUCGGGGCCUCCGGCGGUCCCGGUGGACGGCCGCGGGAAGCAGCCCCAGGUGGCGCGUGGGCUCCGCUCCUGGGCGCGGCGCGGGCGCGGGGAGCGGCGCUCGGGGCGCACACGGGCUCUCACGCCGCCCGGUGCCCGGCGUGAGCUGGGCCGCUGCAGGUGCCCGGCGGGCGCCCACCGGGGUCGGGACGGGGCGGGGGUCCCGCGUUCCCGUGAACCUCGGCAGCGCUCCUCCCGGGCCUGGCUCCUCCUCCUCCUCCUCCAGGCGCGGGGCUCGCGCCCGCCGCUGCCCGCGCGCCCCGCGCCUCCGUCCGCGUCCGCCUCCCGCGCGCCCUGCCCGCGCUCCCCCCGCGCCUCCUCCCCGCUCCGCCCGCCGCGCCACUACGGACGCCUUCGCCUCCUGCUACUCCUCGCGCCGCCGCCGCCGCCGCCGCUCGCGCUCCCCUCCGGCUCCCUCCGGUGCGCCGCUCCCGGGCCGCUGGGCGGCUGCAGCCGGCCUCUCUGUCUGUCUGUCUGUCUCUCAAGUUUCCUAUCUUCUCAAGAUCUGGGCCGAGGGAGGAGCACCCCCAGCCCUGCUUGCUGUUUCAGCUCUACAAAGAGCGGCAAUGAAGACAAAAUUGCACAUCUACAACGUACAAUUGCUGCUUCUUGUUUUCCUGUUACAGGACCCAGCCAGGUUGGUGCUGGCUAACAUCCAAGAAGAUGAGGCUAAAAAUAACAUUACCAUCUUUACAAGAAUUCUAGACAGACUUCUGGAUGGUUAUGAUAAUCGGCUUAGACCAGGACUGGGAGACAGUAUUACUGAAGUCUUCACUAACAUCUACGUGACCAGUUUUGGCCCUGUCUCAGAUACAGAUAUGGAGUAUACAAUAGAUGUUUUCUUCCGGCAAAAAUGGAAAGAUGAGCGGUUAAAAUUUAAAGGUCCUAUGAACAUCCUUCGACUUAACAAUUUAAUGGCUAGUAAAAUCUGGACUCCAGAUACCUUCUUUCACAAUGGGAAAAAAUCAGUUGCUCAUAAUAUGACAAUGCCAAAUAAGCUUCUUCGAAUCCAGGAUGAUGGGACUCUGCUGUACACAAUGAGGCUUACAGUUCAAGCUGAAUGUCCAAUGCACUUGGAGGAUUUUCCAAUGGAUGCUCAUUCAUGUCCUCUGAAAUUUGGCAGCUAUGCAUAUACAACUUCAGAGGUCACUUAUAUUUGGACUUACAAUGCAUCUGAUUCAGUACAAGUUGCACCUGAUGGCUCUAGGUUAAAUCAGUAUGAUCUGCUGGGCCAAUCUAUUGGGAAGGAGACAAUUAAAUCUAGCACAGGUGAAUAUACUGUAAUGACAGCUCAUUUCCACUUGAAAAGAAAAAUUGGGUAUUUUGUGAUUCAGACAUAUCUGCCUUGCAUCAUGACUGUCAUUCUCUCCCAAGUGUCAUUCUGGCUUAACAGAGAAUCUGUGCCUGCAAGAACUGUAUUUGGAGUGACAACAGUUUUGACAAUGACAACUCUAAGCAUAAGUGCCCGGAAUUCUCUUCCCAAAGUGGCUUAUGCAACAGCCAUGGACUGGUUUAUCGCUGUGUGUUACGCAUUUGUGUUUUCUGCUCUAAUUGAGUUUGCAACUGUUAAUUACUUCACCAAAAGAGGAUGGGCUUGGGAUGGGAAGAGUGUAGUGAAUGACAAGAAAAAAGAAAAAGCCUCUGUCAUGAUACAGAACAAUGCUUAUGCAGUGGCUGUUGCCAAUUAUGCCCCGAAUCUUUCAAAAGAUCCAGUUCUCUCCACCAUCUCCAAGAGUGCAGCCACGCCGGAACCCAACAAGAGGCCGGAAAACAAGCCAGCUGAUGCCAAGAAAACCUUCAACAGUGUUAGCAAAAUUGACAGAAUGUCUAGAAUAGUUUUCCCAGUUUUGUUUGGUACAUUUAAUUUAGUUUACUGGGCUACGUAUUUAAACAGAGAACCUGUAUUAGGGGUCAGUCCUUGAGUCUAGAUGCAGAUUAUCUUCGGGAUAUAUAGCAACAUUAAACUUGGUUUGUUUUGCUAUGUACAGUCAGACUAAUAACUGCUAAUUUGUGAACCAACAUGUACAGUAUGUAUAUAGCGAUAUAUAGCUUACCAGUAGACCUCUAAUGGAGACACGCAUUUGCUAACUUGUGGAACUGCAGGCAGAAAGCACCCCAUGUCCAAAGAGCCAUUGCCUUUUUAACAGAUUUACCCUAAGGAUUGAUUUAAAGUGGAUUGCAGAGGACCUGAUUUAUUUACUGUUCUAAUAGUGCUGAGAAUGGGGAUCCUAUACCACACUUUACGGAACCUUUUGAUGUAGGUCUUAAGUAGGAGUCUUUUCUACUGUUGCCUAACUAUAAUGUAAGAUAGCACUGUCGUUCCAAGGUGAAUUCUUCUCAAUAACAGAACCACAUAUCUGCAACGUCAUUUAUUUUCCUGAGUGCUCAGAAUCCCUGCUAGUGUAAUUGGAAGCUUAGCACACAUCAGAAGACAAACUAGGUAUCUGAAAUCAACUUUUAAUUACUCUGUAUAUUAUCUAUAGUCAUGCACAUAGUACAGCAUGACAAGCUCAAAUAAUUAUGAGUCCCUCCUGACAGGUUGUUAAUUAUGCCUAGAAUUUAAUAAUUAUCGGAAUGUCAUGGUCAUUACAUUUUUAGUAUCAGUGUUUAUUUGAAAGUAAUAAUUGAAAUCCUACAGAUCAUUUAAAUCAUUGGAAACUACCUGAAAUUUUAAACAAAAGACAUUAAAUAUGUCUUACUAUUCCCAGGUAUGUGUCGUAUUGAAAUUGAUCAGCUAAAUUUUCUUGGUGCUGGAGUCUGGAAAAAGCAUCCAGUUUGACUGCUGUGGAGCAACAUUCAUAUUGGAUUAGAAAUUUGUGCCAAAAACUCCCACCGAUGAGAAUUCAUAGGUGUCACAGCAUAUAGAUGAGCACUUAUAAGAUUCUCUUCUUUCCUGUUUACUGCAAAUUCUGCCUUAAGCUUCUUUUCAUCAGGAUUCAGAAGCCACUAAUUACAAAGGAAAGGGCAAUUCAUUGGCACAUUUUUCUGUCUUGAAAGGAGCUCUUUCAGAUAAGAAAUAAUGUAAAUCUGCUUUUGUAAAUCGCAACUUUAAAUUUUGCCGACUCAAAUUUACAACAGCUUUGUAUACCAGAGAGGUUUUGGUAAGAGUUGAACAUUUUUAAACUGAAAAUUUAAAUCAUCACCAACAGACUAUGGAUUAAUUAGUUCACAUGCACAAACACACACACACACACACACACACACAAUUAGCUAAAUUAGAACACACAAAUGCUAGCUAAAUUAGAAACCACAAUUUUCAAUUUUAUAUAAAUACUAAUUCUUAAUGGGUAAAAUUCAUUUUUCUUUUAAUAUUUAAGAAGUACUCAUUAUGCCCCUGAAAUAUGUUAAUAGAAGUUAAAGACUGUGUCUCAUGCCUAGAUUCAAUGUUUUUGGCAAACUUAAAAUCCUUUGUCUCACAUAUACAUUAGCAGUUAUUAGUUGACUUUUACUAAUAGAUACACCUUUAUGAUGGUGUUUUUGUAGAAACAUAAGUAGUCAAAUAGUAGCAUUUCUUGCAGUUUUGUACAGUAUUUCAGUAUAGUGCAUAAACAGGUACAUUGAAAAAAAUCAAUAAAAGGAGUCUCUUAUGGAAAUAAGCAAAACCACAUCAAAAAUUGCUAUUCCAUUGCCUCCUUUAAAUUUUAUUUUUUUCAUUUUCUUUGAUUCUGUUGUGUGAUUCUAUUAUGUGCUUUGCAUGAUUGUAUUACUACCAAGGUCACAAAUACAUCUUAUUAACAGAAUUUGCCAUGAAGACAGCCUUGACAUUAAAAACUCUCUCUAAAAAGGUAAUCCAUAAUCCUUAAAAUUGUUACAUGAGCCAAUAAAUGUCCUCCUUUAACAACCUUCUAACAACACUUUCUUUGUGAUCCAAAUAAUUUUAAUAUGUGCACUUUAUUCAGAUAUCAAAAUGUAAGUUAUCCUAUUUUCUUACAUGUUUAAAUAUAGCAUAGCUUGUCUGUAUAGUUUAGGAAAGUGUACAACAGUUAAAGUACAUAGUGCUUGAAGCAAGCAAUAAAAAUGCUUUGUAUGGUAUGGUAUGGAUUAUUAGCACACACUGUAAAAUAUCAUUAUUUAAAAAUGAGUUCUGCACUCCCCCUUAUGUCUGACUAUAAGCUAUGAAUGUAUAAAUAUGUACAUAUCAAAACUAAUUGUAAAUAGCAGUUUAUAAAGGGACAAUAGGAAAGACUCAUCUGUACCUUUGGCAAAGGACUGCACCUACACUGAUGGCACCAGUUUCAUUAAAAUUUAUAGCAGACUGAGCAAAAAGCUAUUAUUGUUAUGCUUAUUUUUAGUUACAAUUGUUAAAAUUUUAUUUGAGCUGAUGACAUCCUGACAGUUCAGAUUUUCAAAUAAUGUGGAAAAUAAUAUGGAGCAGGAUUUUUCUGUUAUUUCUCUAACUUCAGUAUAUUUUUUACACACUUCUUAAGCUUUUAAAGUUUAGAUAAAUCGAAGGGAGCUCUUGGUCUUGCUGGAGAGAGGGAGGAUGCUCCAUAGGAAAGGAUUUUAAAUUGUAGAGCUAUAGUCUUUACAAUUUUUCUCUCUUCCAUAAACUACUUUAAAGACACACAAAAAAGAGACAUGGAUUUAUUAAAAUAAGCCUAAUUUUUCAGGAAGCAUAUUUUUAACAGAUUAACAGUGGUUUCUUUGGCCUAUAAUAUUAUGCCUAUUUUACGCAGUUGUACAUUGACAAAGUGUUAUGGUAUGUACAAAAUGUAGAUAAAUCCAUGUACAUAUAUAGAGAUAUAAUCUCAUUAUUAUACAGCUACUGCUUUGAUUCAGCUAGUAUUUAUUCAACAAAUACCUUUCUAACUCUUACUAGGUACCAUGCCAUGAAGAUCAUAUUAAUACCACUCAUUACCACACCCACAGAGUUUAGUUAAAAAUGUAAAGUGCAUCUCAUUCCUAUGAAACUUAACAUCAAAGACUAACUGGAACAUAUAAAUGAAUUUAGCCCUGACAGUUAUUUAAUAAGCUAUGAGAUCACUAGGAUACUAAGAUGGCAGCUGUUUUGCUGUUUUCUCCUAACCAUGUUCCUAUUUGUUUGAAUAUAAAAAUUGUACUAAUAUGAUCAUUUAAUAUUUUUUAACUUUAGUUAUUUAAGUGCCAAUCUUAAGGCUUAGCAGUCUUCAGGGAUUUAUUUUGAAUUUAUCUCAGGUUUGGAUAAGUGAUCCCUUAAGCCACAUUUCAGUUUCUUUUUCUUAAAUAGUUCAUAGUUUAUUUAAAAAGAAUACGGAAGCCAUUACUGUUCUCAGUUUUCUUUGAUAUAUAUAUCAUUUGUUUAUGAUGUAGCUCUUUUUAUAUUACAGGUUGAGAGAACUGAACUCAUAUCAUAGAUAAGAGAGGGACCCCAAAAGUCUAUGGAUUCUGCCAUAACUGUAUUCUGGCACUGCCUGUCAUCAUUCCGAUGGAAGGACAGAGAUGUAUACAAGGAAUGUAAAGGCCUGGUCCUUCAGCAUCUAUUAAGAUUUUUUUUCAUGUGCUUCUCCAAAAAAAAAUUUAUUUUUCCUUUAAAUAAGAUCUCAUAGGCAUCUUGGGCUUCCCUUUUAUUAAUCCAAAGUAUAGACAGGCACACGUAAAGUGAAGAGAGGUAUCAUAUUUUUAACAUCUGCAUUUGGGGGAACAGGGAGACCAUAUCAAAAUCACUCAUAACAGUGUAAUCAAGACAAAUUAUGAUGUGUUUUCUCUUGAAUUCCCACUUUAAAAAUAAAAUUCUAUAGUUUCCAUAAUUGUGUGUUAACAUUUAUAUAAAAGAUACCAAUAUUUUCCAUUCAUAUUUAAGCACUCUUAAUCAAAUUCAAAAAUAAAUUCAGGACCUCAAAAACAGGGAAAGAAAAAUAAAAUUUAAAAAAAACACCUACUGGAAAAAUAAGGCUUGUUGCUAACUAAAACUAGUGAAGUAUUUUCCCUUUUUAACUCCUAAGAAAAGGGUGAAAUAUAUCAUAAGUAUAUACAAACAUAUUUAACAGUCAUGAUUCUAUCAAGGUAAGCAUGAUGAUUAAAAUACUAAAAUAGAUGAAGUGCAUGUGAAGGCCUUUGGGAAAGCUAAUAAUAAAUUAUUCAAAAACUAUUUCUUAUAAGAUUUUGCCUCAUCGUGUUUUUGUUGAAAAUUGUUAAUUAACCAAAGUAUUUAGACCACUGUUUCAACCUUAUUUGGGUUAAAUAUUCUGUUUUUGUCUGUUUAUAUAAAGAACAUUUUCUUAUGUUUGUUAUUAUAUACCCCACUUCAAACUACUCUCUCUGUUGUAGCUCUAAUACAUUACAUCAGUUAAUAUUGCCAGCCGGAAAGAACAGCUACAGGCUCAUGUUUCAUUUAUAGUAAUAUUCCCCAUGAACCUUUAAUAAGGUUUUAGGUUUGAUUAGAAGUGUAUGUAUGUGUGUGUGUAUUGUCCAGGUAUGAAAGAACAUUUUGAGAAAUUCAGACAAAUUUUUGAGCUCUAAACUAUUUAUUAAUGGGUCUAAUCCCAAAUAUAGCUCUUAUAAAACUAGCAUUUAACUUAUUAGUCAAUAGAAUAGUUUUUGUGAAAGAUCCAUAACAAAUUUAUUAAUUGGAAUUUAGUCUUAAGGCAUACUUAUAGUUAGAAGUAGUCUGCUUUAAAGGUGUAAAUAUUUCUCUGAUAUAUUUCUACUUGGCUCUCUUAAGCCAUUAAAUUCAAAAUGAUAUCACAAUUCUGCCUGUAAAGUAGAAGUGAAAAAUCUUUGAAUUCCAAAUUUCUCAAUGGAAAUUUGUGAAAGCCUCCAUUAAAUUAAAUAUCUCAUUGAUCAUAUGCAAGUACAAAGUCAGCUAUAUUCAUUUAUGGCUAGUUUCAUACCUUUUAAUUGAAACGGUUCUGAAUAUAUUCAUAUAUGGAGCUCCUCACAUGUUUGGCCAGUCUCCUAAGCCCUUCACAGUCCUCACAAAAACUGUAAAUCACUGUGUGAUUCUUGAAGUUCUGAAACUUUAGAAUUUCUAUAUAAUACACCAACACAAUAGUUUAACACAUAUUUUAAGCAAAAAACACCCCAAAAAACUCUAUUUUUCAUUGCUUUAAUUCAAAUUUAUAUUCAUACCUUUUGGGGAGCAUUAAUCCGUUAAGGCCACUAUCUGCUUUUCUAUAUGAAAAAACAAGCAAACAAGCAACACUAAUCUGUACGGCAACCAAGAAUUUAUUUUUGUGAAACUAGCUAUUCACUGAAAUUGGUUAUAACAGUUUCUAAGAAUACACUGUGUUUUUCUUUUUUGAUCUAUAGAUGAUAAUGUAUUAAAAAUGCUUGAAGUUGAUUAAGCAUUCAAAGGUAAUACACACUCUUGCCCUCUGUUUUCUCAUUUUUUUAAAUUUUGCUAGUUUGUUAGGAGUUGGAGAGGCUUUGUUUUCAUUUGGAUAUUUUUGAUUUCAUGAUAUUUAAACCCAUUGGACUCCAAGGAUUAUGAUGUAUUAAAUUAAUCAGCUUGUUAUAAAUUACUCUUUGUAGAAGCUUAACCUGACCCCAAAUAAAUACCAGUGUUGGGACUGUAAGGGUUGAAUUAGCUUAGCUGGUGUGAAAAUUUCAGUUUUUCAUGCUUUGUUUUUAAGAUUUACUUUACCAUAACAAGCUGCCAAAUGCAAUCUUAUAUUAGUGGAUAAAUAUCAGUACCUCCAACAAAAUUUAUUUGUGAAAACAAAUGGUAUUAGGAAAGCAAAACAAAGGAGUUAGACACUGAAUUACUUUAGGGAUAUGGCUUACAGAUUUGUUCCCUGUUACUUAUUUUUAAAAUAUUCAAUAUAGGAGUUGAAGCAUUUGGCUGCGCUUUAAACGUGACAGUUUUCCCAAAUUAAAUUUUGCCAUCCAUGGAUAAAUUUGAUUGCUUGUUGAUCAUGGGUACCAGCUCCAUAAUUCAUUUCAAGUUUGCUGGUUUCUCAUUUUUUCAAGGUUCUUCUAAGCAGCACAGGUUUUGGUGUGCUCCAAAGUGAGGAAUAUAACCUUUUAUGAAGUAUUCCCUUUAGAGGUGACAUGCAUGGAAACUUAAAAAAGCUUUAUAUUUAUAGCUAAAUUUGAAAAGAAACAAAAAAGGAAUGCAAUAAUUUCCCCUUGCUACACAUUAAUAAUAAAAUUACGUGCAUGGAGCAUGCAUGGUAAAACCCCAACACUGAACUCUGGAUAUUUUUUUUUAUUAAGUGAAAUUUGAUAUUUUCUGAGUGACAGUAUGCUUGUAUGGUAGGUUUUCUGGUUUGAGAAAAUCAUUUGGGAGAUAAUAAUUGUAAUUUGUGACCUUGUUAUAAUUGAGAAAAGUCACUAUUUUUCAUGUAUGUAAGAUAAUUUGAACUUUACUGAAUUUGUCAUUAUGCUUGCUGUUUAAAAAAUGUUCCUUAUUAAUCACAUGCAAGUUAAUGCUAAACAUUAUUUUUUUGUACUUAUUAAAAUUAAUUUAAAUAUAUUUGGUCUUAAAAUUGUGGGGUAUUUUUUAUUCAUUACAAGAAUUAAGUUUAUUGUAAAUCUGACUUUAUAUGUUGGGACAUAAUAUUGGUAUUUUGUAAUAGUGAUUUUAGAUUUUGUUAGUUUCUUAAACUUCUUUUUAUGAUAAAAACUUAACAGGGUUUUAGGAAAAGUGUAAAUCUGCCCUGAAAUUUGAGAGGCAGGGUUCAUUAAUUGCUGAUGUAGAUAUAAGAAAGUGGUGCUAUGGAAAAUAUAAGUUCACUGAGAAAAUUGGCUUAUCUUCUAUCAUAAAAAAAUAUUGAACAAAAUAAAUG